AUGGCAACAAUCGCCCUCGACACGCCGCUGGCCGAAGCGCUCAGCAGCGCUGUGCACUCCAAGAUUGUGGAAGAAGGCUGGACACAAGAUGACGACACCUCAUUAGCCGAAUAUAUCGUUCUCAUGCUUGCCAACGGAAAGACCCAGAAUCAAAUCGCAUCAGAGCUUGCUGGCGAGCUGUUGCAAGAUGCGAAAGGGACGACGGAGUUCGCGCAAUGGCUGUUCGAUCAAGUCAAGUUGUUGUCUGGAGGCGCAGCCGCUUCUGAUCCGGCCACAACAUCACAAUCCUCAGAACAACCGGCCCAGGGCGCUGCGCCCGACUCAUUACCUUCAAAUACUGCAGAGAACGGGAAUUCUUCGAUACCUGCUGCAUAUGACAUGGAUAUGGUUGACAAUGCACCUGAAAAUGCACCUCGAGGCCCUAAAGGUUUACAUGGUGGCCGACCUGCUGGCAGAGGUGGGCGAGGCGGUGCAAUCAACAAAUCCGGUGAUUCAGCUUUACAUCGAGUCCGUGGCAACGACCGAAUAAACUCUCACGGUAACAUGCGCGGCGCGCCUAAAGGACCGCGCAACGUUCAGAACAGAGAUUUGCGCCCUGGGAUGCAAAAAGCGUUGAACAUGGGCAUGACUGGUUCUGCUCAAGGGAUGCAGAACCCCAUGAUGAUGAACGGCGCACAACAAGGUCAAGGGAUGAUGCAGAUGACCCCGCAACAACAGAUGGAAUUUAUGGCUAUGAUGGAACAACAAACUCGCAUGCUGGCACAGUUUACUGGAAUGAUGCCAGGAGCGGCGAACCCCGGGUUCUCACAAGGCACCAACCAGCCGAACAGUCAAGGUCGGUCCUUGUUUGACAGGGUCGAGCCUGGGCGUGGCCGUGGAGGUGGCCGUGGUCGAGGUCGAGGAGGCAACAACCAGAAUGGUCAUAUCAAGUCCCCUCCAAAAGCAAGCGAUCAAGACACAGCCAUGGAAGGCGAUGGUCAGACGCCGGGCGCCGAAGCAACUACGACAGAUGCGCAAAUGACCAGUGAAGGUGAACGAAAGCCACAAGAUCCGUCCAACACCAUGUGCCACUUCAAUCUUCGAUGUACCAACAAAGACUGCCCUUAUGUCCACCAAUCUCCCGCUGCGCCCGAGGGAACAGUCGUUGACAUGUCUGAGACAUGCACAUUCGGUCCUGCCUGCAAGAACUCGAAGUGCGUUGGGAAACAUCCUUCGCCAGCGCAGGUCAGGGCCUUCCAGGCACAAGAGCUUUGCAAGUUCUUUCCCAAUUGCACCAAGCCCAACUGCCCGUUUAAGCACCCAACAAUGCCGUUGUGCAGAUUUGGAGCCAGCUGCAAGACCGAGAACUGUCCAUUCACACACCUGCAGGUAGCCUGCCGUUUCAACCCGUGUACGAACCUGAGAUGUCCGUACAAGCACGAACCGGGACAGCAGAAGACGACCAAUUUUGCGGAUUACACCUGGACACCGGAGAAGCAGGCCGAACAGGACGAAGCAAAGCAACAUGUCAGUGACAGGAAGUUUGUGGACGAUCAAGCGGGGGAGGAGGAGCUCAUCAAGCCAGAAACGGGUACAGAAACGCCGAUACGUGAGGAGGUGAUCACUUAG